CUCUCUCCCUGUGAUGAGAGCCUCCUGCUGCCUCAGCCACAGUCCCACCGGCGGGCCUUGGGCCCGGGACAUUCGGUGAUCUCAGAGCAAGGGCAGCCACUGCCACCUGGACCUCACCAGACAUGGAGGCCCACCCCAAGGAGCUGGUGUCCCUGAUGGGAAGAAAAGCCACUGUCGCCGGUGGGAACGCUGUCAUCCUGCAGGAGAAGAGGCCAGCAGAGAUCACCCCCACUAAGAAGAAUGCACACUUCUUCCUGGAGAUAGAAGGGUUUGAGCCCAACCCCACUGUCGCCAAGACCUCCCCACCCAUCUUCUCUAAGCCUAUGGAUUCCAACAUCCGGCAGUGCCUCUCUGGCAACUGUGAUGACAUGGACUCGCCGCAAUCUCCUCAGGACGAUGUGACAGAGACACCAUCCAAUCCCAACAGCCCCAGUGCACACCUGGCUAAAGAAGAGCGGAGGCGACAAAAGAAGCGGCUGAAGAAGCGCAUCUUUGCAGCUGUGUCCGAAGGCUUCGUGGAGGAGCUGGUAGGGCUGCUGGUGGAGCUGCAGGAGCUUUGCAAGAGGCGCCGCAGCCUGGAUGUGCCUGACUUCCUCAUGCACAAGCUGACAGCCUCAGACACAGGGAAGACCUGCCUGAUGAAGGCCUUGUUGAACAUCAACCCCCACACCAAGGAGAUUGUGCGGAUCCUGCUGGCCUUUGCUGAUGAAAACGAUAUUCUGGACAGGUUCAUCAAUGCCGAGUACACUGAGGAAGCCUAUGAAGGGCAGACAGCGCUGAACAUCGCCAUCGAGCGGCGGCAGGGAGACAUCACAGCGCUGCUCAUCGCUGCCGGCGCCGACGUCAAUGCCCACGCCAAGGGGGUCUUCUUCAACCCCAAGUACCAGCACGAAGGCUUCUAUUUCGGCGAGACACCCCUGGCCCUGGCAGCAUGUACCAACCAGCCCGAGAUUGUGCAGCUGCUUAUGGAGAAUGAGCAGACGGACAUCACCUCACAGGACUCACGGGGCAACAACAUCCUACAUGCGCUGGUGACAGUGGCCGAAGACUUCAAGACCCAGAAUGACUUUGUCAUGCACAUGUAUGACAUGAUCUUGCUCAGGAGUGGCAACUGGGAGCUGGAGACCAUGCGCAACAACGACGGCCUCACCCCGCUGCAGCUGGCUGCCAAGCUGGGCAAGGCCGAGAUCCUGAAGUACAUCCUCGGUCGUGAGAUCAAGGAGAAGCCCCUCCGGAGCCUGUCCAGGAAGUUCACUGACUGGGCGUAUGGGCCCAUGUCGUCCUCACUCUAUGACCUCACCAAUGUGGACACCACGACAGACAACUCGGUGCUGGAAAUCAUUGUCUACAAUACCAACAUUGAUAACCGGCACGAGAUGCUGACCCUGGAGCCCCUGCACACGCUGCUGCGGAUAAAAUGGAAGAAGUUUGCCAAGUACAUGUUCUUCCUGUCCUUCUGCCUUUAUUUCUUCUACAACAUCACCCUGACUCUCAUCUGUUACUACCGACCCCGGGAGAAGGAGGCCCUCCCACACCCCCUGGCCCUGACACACAACAUGGGGUGGCUGCAGCUCUUAGGAAGGAUGUUCGUGCUCAUCUGGGCCAUGUGCAUUGCUGUGAAAGAGGGCAUUGCCAUCUUUCUGCUGAGACCCUCGGAUCUGCAGUCCAUCCUCUCAGAUGCCUGGUUUCACUUUGUAUUUUUUGUCCAAGCUGUGCUUGUGAUACUGUCUGUCUUCUUGUACUUGUUUGCCUACAAAGAGUACCUCGCCUGCCUCGUGCUGGCCAUGGCCCUGGGCUGGGCGAACAUGCUCUACUACACUCGGGGGUUCCAGUCCAUGGGCAUGUACAGCGUCAUGAUCCAGAAGGUCAUUUUGCAUGAUGUUCUGAAGUUCUUGUUUGUGUAUAUCGUGUUCUUACUUGGGUUCGGAGUAGCCCUCGCCUCACUGAUUGAGAAGUGUCCCGGUGACAAAAAGGACUGCACCUCCUACGGCAGCUUCAGCGACGCUGUGCUGGAACUCUUCAAACUCACCAUAGGCCUGGGCGACCUGAACAUCCAGCAGAACUCCAAGUACCCCAUCCUCUUUCUGUUCCUGCUCAUCACCUACGUCAUCCUCACCUUCGUCCUCCUCCUCAACAUGCUCAUCGCCCUCAUGGGAGAGACUGUGGAGAACGUCUCCAAGGAGAGCGAGCGCAUCUGGCGCCUACAGAGAGCCAGGACGAUCUUGGAGUUUGAGAAAAUGUUGCCAGAAUGGCUGAGGAGCAGAUUCCGGACGGGAGAGCUGUGUAAAGUAGCAGAGGAGGACUUCCGGCUGUGUCUGCGGAUCAAUGAGGUGAAGUGGACUGAAUGGAAAACACAUGUCUCCUUCCUCAACGAAGAUCCAGGGCCCGUGAGACGGACAGAUUUCAACAAAAUCCAAAAUUCUUCUAGGAGCAACAGCAAAACCACCCUCAAUGCAUUUGAUGAAUUAGAAGACUUUCCAGAAACUUCAGUGUAGAAGCAGAAUGCAGAGCUGGUGUUAGCAUGGGCCUUUGGGUGCUAAAGGCUGGGUCCUGGGCUGUGUGGAGAGGGCUUUGCAGAGGCAGGAGCCUGCUCUGCCUGCCCAGGAGCAGAGAGCACCCUCCGGCUGAGUGGGUGGCUGAACUGAGAGGCAGAUGUCAGUUUUUCUGAGUGUGAAACACUCUGGAUGUUGUUACUUGGUGAAGAGUUUGUGUAAACGCAUGGUCAGCAGUCCUGAGCCUGAGGUCCUUGGAGUCCUAGGUGAAGUCUUUGGAUUCACCAACUGGUGAGCAGGUCAGCUUGGCUGGGCGAGGGGCUGUGGAGAAGGGUGGGGACCUGAGAAGCAGAGCUUUCUUCCUGGCUACAUUCCCUUAGUAGCCUCCAGCUCCAGCUCCCACAUUCCAUGUCUUCCCUGGGCGUCCUGAAUUUCAGGGGCUCUUGAUCCCAUCCCAGCACAUACAGGGGACUGAGCUAAAUCCCAUAUCCUGGGGGUGGAGGGGAGUGAGUCAUGGAAAUGUCCUUCCAGGACCUUCAGGGUACAGGAAACUACCCUUGGUGUGUGUGCUCCUUGGCAUCCCAAGGCUCAAACUGUUGCAAAGUGAGAGACAUUUUUAGUAGUGUAAUUAACAUCAGGCUUUUAUUUUCAAUAGAGUAAGGACAUUUCAAUUUUAAAUGAAAAUUACUUCAAAUGAAGUACAUGAUUUUAUAAGUUGAGAAGUAGAUUUUAGGAUUUGGGACUGGGUAUAAGUGUUGUGUCCUAGGCCUCAGGGUGGCCAGAGGACAAACAAAAAGCUUUUCUUUACACACACAAAAGUCAGCAGGAGCCAUGCCCCGUAGGGCCCAUCUGGGUGCCUGUGAUCUGGGUGAAAGAGCUUGGCUCCCUUCCUGGCGCUGGCGGUGACAGUGCAUGCGCUGGGUCCCGGCCUCCUCUGCAGCAGGGAUGGCAGCUGCCCUAUUUCUGUGGCCGUCAGCCUCAGAGGCUGCUCUUCGAUGUCAGUAUUGCUCACUGGAGCAGUUGAACACAGCACCUGAAAUGCUGGCUCCAGCAUAAUGUGUUUUUAAUAUUUAAAAUAUUUAAAUAUUUUUGUUCACUGUGAAUUAGGAAGCUAAGGAAAAGGUGUGUGAGGAAGGAGCAUUUGCCAAAACAAGUUGCUUAUUUUUAGAUCCUCAUCCUCUGAGUUUCUCCCCCUGAAAAUACACGGAGUUAGUUUGGGG